AUGUGGUCACAUCUGUUUUCCAACAACCAUUCAUUCGAUUGUGUUUUUCACUUUUCUACUACGGUGAAGGUAAACUACGGUAAUAUUUGCUUCAUUUACAUAUUCGGUAAGUUUAUCGAUAUUGACAUUUUGUGUGAAGUUGAAAUUAACUCCUACGGUAUAUGCUUCGUUGCAUCUGUUGAAGUAUUAUUGAUCGAGGAAGAUGACCAGUGUCAUCACAUCUCUGCAAAUGAUUUGGAGGAGUAUCUUGCUCACUCACUUACCUCAACGUUUACUUGGUACCUUUAUGACAGUACCAUCAAACUACAAUUUCAAAGCAAUACGAUACAAUUUGCUUUUUUUUUUCAAGACAAGAAUCGAACUGGAUGUCUUUUACCUUAUUUG